AUGGAUAAAUGUACUUUGAAGAGAAAAAAUCCAAAUACAAUUCAAAAAUUAUCAAAAGAAUCUAUUAAAAUAAUACAAGAAUCUGGAAUUGCCGAUUACAUAGAAAUUGAUAAGUUGGUUCACAUUGGGCCCAAAAAGUACGUUAAUGGUAAUUUUUAUGAAAAAUACAAAGAUGAAAUUUAUAAUUUUACAAUUAAUGAAAACGAUGUAUGGAUAAUUACCACUGGAAGAUCAGGAACAACUGUAACUCAAGAAAUGGUGUGGCAGAUUUGUAAUGAUAUGGACUUCGAAGGUGGAUUUAAAACUCCUUUAAUUGAAAGAUUUCCUUACUUUGAAUAUGCUUUAAUGUUUGGUCAUAGAAAAGAAUUACUUUUAAAGAAAUCUUCAAAUGAUCCAAAAGAGUGUGCAUCCAUAGAGACAAUUUUUACCCCAGAAUGGGAAAAACCUAAAGUCUCAAAUCAAAGAUUUUACAAAUCUCACCUGCCAAUAUCCCUACUACCUAUGGAGUUAACCCAAAAAGCUAAAAUUGUAUAUAUGGCUAGAAACCCUAAGGACAUGGCGAUCUCUUUUUACCAUUUUCUCAAACAAUACGGAAAAGAACCCCCAAACUUCGAAAAUUACUGGAAUCUUUGGGAAACAGGCUUGAUGAUCGGUCAUCCCUACUUAGAGCAUGUUCUUGAGGCCUGGAAUCUAAGAAACCAGGACAACGUUCUAUUUUUAUUCUAUGAGGAUUUUGUUAAGGAUAACAGAGCGGUUAUCCUUAAACUCUGCAAAUUCUUUGGAAAAACCUACUCAGACGCCCAAAUAGAUAAGCUUGUAGAUCAUUUAAAAAUUGAUAAUUUUAGGAAUAAUUCAAGCGUAAAUAGAGAUUAUUUUGAUUAUUAUCCACCAAAAGUGGAAAAUUUUGUCAGACGUGGAAAAGUUGAUUCUCAUAAGGACGAAGUAUUCACCAAUGAACUGAGUAAAAAGGCAGAUAAAUGGAUUCAAGAACAAUACAAAAAAACUGAUAUGAGAUUCCCUAACAUACCAUAUUAAAGUAGCUUAA